AUGGAUCGCGAACAGCUGCCCUCACGGUGUCCACUGGGCACCGUGUCCAACGACCUGAGAAUUCUGCAGGGCGAUUCCUUCCUGGAGCUGAGCGAGUGCUGGGACCAGCAGUUUGAUGGGGAUAAUGAUGAUCAGGAGAAAUUACUGAAGGAAAGCUCCACACUCUACAUGGGGAAUCUUUCCUUUCAUACUACCGAAGAGCAAAUAUAUGAGCUCUUUAGUAGAUGUGGUGAUAUCAAGCAUGUAUUUAUGGGCCUGGAUAAAAUUAAGAAAAAGGCAUGGGGUUUCUGUUUUGUAGAGUACUAUAACAGACUUGAUGCCGAAAAUGCCAUGUGGUUCCUAAACGGGACCCGCCUAGAUGAUCGUAUUAUCCACACAGAUUGGGAUCUAGCCUUUAGAGAGGGCAGACAGUAUGGCCACCAACCUGAGGACCAAGUAAGAAACGCGUUUUGUGAAGAUUUUGAUGUUGGUAGAGGUGGCUCUGGAAAACAGGCUCAGGCCCGUGAUAGAAGAGGAAUCCAUUAGUGAAAAACCUGCAGCUCUGGCCCCUGGAAAAAUCUAUUAAGGAACGACACCAGGUCAGCAAAUAAUCCAUUUUGUAACAAGUUGAAAUUACUUUAUGUGCUGAGCAGAGGCCCUUUCGUUGUAUUUUUCCUCUCUGAAGCGUUAUUAAAUGGCACAAACGAGAA